CCUUUUGAUUUCUUUUCAAUUUUCAAUUUGUGGGAUAUUUGGAAACCCUAAUAAAAACUGUUGCGCCUCUUCGCCAACAAUUUUUUCCUAGAGUUUUUCUUUUUUCUUUUUUUCUUUUUCUGUGUGGAUAUCCUGUGUGUGAGCUCGUCAUGUGCGAUGUGGCACUUCGAGGUUACGAGAUUCACUGUCGGGUUUCGUGGUUCUCUACCUUCGUGAAUCGUGUCGAAGAAACAGCACGUUGGAUUCCCUAUUAAUUGUCGUUACUCGAUUGUGCGCUUUGGGAAUCAUUGUUACCUUGAAUGUUAAUGGGUCAUUGCAUUUUACAAAGGGAUUCAGCACUCUGAUUCACGAAAUUAGUUUACUGAGAAUCAACUGUGCGAAUCUUGUAAGUGUUUUAAGGGGGUGCACAACGUUGCAAAUGGAGCCUUGGCUUGAAGUUGGAAUGGACUAGACCAGUGGGCGGAUUUAGAGUGAAAUGGAGGUGAUAGCGGAUCCUUUCAUGUCUUACUUACAGGUGGAGCUUCCUCUGGGAUUAGAGGCUCUGGAACUGCCGUGUCAGGAAAAACGGGUCGGCCUUGUAAUUGUGGAUGAAGAAAAUGGUUUCUGUACGGUGGGAGCUGGUAACUUGGCACCAAAAGAAUCGUCGAAAGCGAUCACUCAUAUGGUUAACCAGACAGAUCAUCUGGCAAAGCAAUUCAGUGCACGUAGUUGGCCGAUUCUCGCCACCCUAGACACUCAUGAAAUCGAUAAACCUGAGCAUCCAUUUCCACCACAUUGCAUAGUAGGGACUGGAGAAGAAAACCUUGUUCCAGAGCUGGCGUGGUUAGAAAACGAUCCAAACGCAACCCUGAUGCGGAAAGAUUGCAUUAAUCCUUUCGUGGGUGCCAUUCGAGAUGAUGGCUCAAACCUUUUCAUUGACUGGAUCAGGGACAACAAAAUUCAGCAGAUACUUGUGGUGGGGAUCUGCACCGACAUCUGUGUGCUGGAUCUCGUGGUGACAGCCUUGUCAGCCCGCAACCAUGGUAUUUUGAAGCCCUUGGAGGAUGUUUUUGUGUACUCGGAGGGGUGUGCAACCUAUGACCUGCCAAAUGACGUUGCCAAAACCAUUCCAAAAGCAUUGCCUCAUCCUCAGGGCUUGACACACUACAUGGGUCUUUAUUUUGCUAAAUCAAGAGGGGGGCAUGUUGUGAACAAAGUUACGUUCUCGGAAUCUGCUCAGUGAUUUGGUGUUUGCAUCUAUUGUUUAGAAUACUGUGGCAUCAAGUCUGAGACAUGAUUUGAGUAUAAUGUGUUUGAGUAUGUACAAUCUCAAUAAAGUUGUUGAACUAUUAUAGUGAUUGCUUAA